AUGUCAAUUCCCAUUCACACCACCCGGCGAGUUUCACUCCCAUGUGGUGAUAUCGUGGUAACAGCCGGUAGAGAGGAGUAUCGCGCUGUGAUCCCAUCAACCUUGAUUUCUGCCAAUAAUAUCGGUGAAAUAAGCGACCAGUACCGCAUGGCAGAGUAUAAGACAAAUCCAAAGUCACUCUUUCUGGAUGGAACUCCUUUCUAUGUUUUUGGAGAAACUGUCCUGAAAACUGCGGAUGGAGAUCCCGUCGAUACUCUUAAUAACUCUAGCGCCACUGUGUUGGACGCGGAUAAAAGUCCACUCCAGGUUGCCCAUGUGCCAAAUGGACUGCCGGUGCCCAUUAUACCCCUCUCAAAGGGGGAGCGAGAAUUUGAAGCUCGGAGCGACAGCAAGGUCAUCCUUACACCAGAAGGAGGACUAUGUGAAACCACUCCACCAGGAAAAGGUUGGUUGUGGUAUAAUAAAGUGAUCGAACAGGAGAAUGACGAAGGAGGCAUGGAGCGUAUUUUCUAUGGAACCGGGAUAAUUCCAGUCAAAAUUGACCGUGAGACUGGAAAGUUAAUCAGCGAACGAAUCAGGGGGGGGGCGGUGAUUUUCGACCAUCGCGAGCCGGCAUUUGGCACAUUCUGCGCGGUACGGGAAGCGAAUUGGUUCUAUCUCUGGGGUCGGCUCGAAGAAGAUAUAUAUCUUGCACGGGUGGGAAUCUGGCACGCGAUCCAGCCUGAACUAUACGAAUUCUGGGAUGGGGAAAGUUUUUCGCAGGAAAAAGAGGGGAUGAUACCGGUUCUUUCUGGAAUUUCCCAUGGUUCUUUUUUCAAAACGGACAUCUUUGGCCAUUGUUAUAGUUGGGCGUUUAUCGGAGCAAUCCAGUCGACAAACCCAAAGAUCGUUAUUGGAUAUGCUAAGGAUGUUGCAGGACCGUAUAACAUAACAAAGAUACUUGAUCCGGCAGAUGUUCAUCCAACAUAUCUGGGAAACACCUGCGUAUAUGCACAUCCGUGGGUAUUCAAAGAGAAGGAUGGCGAACUGAUGAUAACAUGGUACGAAGAUACCUUAAACACAGUCCUUGCCAUUAAGUUGCGCUUCAAAAUGUUGCACCACGGAGCAUACUGGAAGGACAUAUCCUUGAAGGAGUUACCGGCCACGCUUACCGAGCUCGUCCGCGAGCGAACGGCGAUGGUUAAAGCAAUAGCACAGGUAUCGAACGUUCACUACGAAAUUGAACCAGACAACGGAACGGUUACAAUUAAGCUUUUGGCACACACACGGCCCGAGCUUGAUCAGGCAGCAAAAAAUUUGAUCCAACUAAUUGAGAGCUGGUAUAAGGAAAUCACCAAGGGCUGUGCCGCGGAAGACCUUCUCGCAGAUGGCCUCAUUCUGGAGAUGCCUUCAUUGCGAGCGGCCCUCCGGAGACAGGCCAAGGGUCUCUGGGAGCGAGCCAAAAGACACUCUAGAAAAAAUUCAGAGGCUGAAAUCUGA